CGAACAUUGCGUCUCUUUCGAAAGACACGAUUGUAUAUAGUGAACAGUGAAGAGCGAUCAAAUAUCAUUCAUUCUUUUUCCUCGAUGACAUUUCGUUUCUCUGACUUUCCAGUUAAUUGAUAAUGUCUACAAACAAUGAAGUCAGCAAACGAUCUAAACAUUUAGAAAAACUCAGAGAACUUCAUUUAAAAGUGAAUGAAGCUCGAAAAUCUAAUCAUCUUGAAGUUGUCGAAGAAGAUAGACGAUCUAAACUUCCAUCCAAUUGGGAAACACGUCAACGACGAUUACAAUGGGAAGAGGAAGAUGAAGUUUUCAAAAUGGAAUGUGCUAAAAAGAAUAUUGAUCCAGAAAGAGAACGUGCAUUAGAUGUUAGCGCUGAUAUAGCUGAUCGUCUUGAAGCAAGACGUAGAAAAAAGAAGAAUACAGAUGAAGGAUUUUCAACCUAUGCUGAUGCAUCACAUCGUAAAUACCUCAAGAUGACAAAACAGCUUAAACCAGACUUGGCAGCUUAUCAAAAAGAAAAGGAGAAAUUAGGAGAAUUAGCCUUCCCAACUGCUGAUACAAUCGGAUUGACAGAUCGUAAAGAUCCACCGGAAGCAGUGGAACGUCUAGCGAAACAAAUUAUUGAACAAGGUGCUAAACGUCCAGCCUACAGUCGAAGACGUCCAUUUGAUGCAGACGCGGAUAUUGACUAUAUUAAUGAACGUAAUAAACGAUAUAACGAGUUAUUGGAAAGACAUUAUGGUAAAUACACGGCUGAAAUUAAACAAAAUCUUGAAAGAGGCACUGCUAUAUAGACAACAAUCUGUGAGGGUUGGAACAAGCUAAUUCUAUAAUACCAUCUAUCUAUGUACAGUACCUUUAAUUUAUUUAAUAAAAUAUUUUUUCACGCCA